AUGUUCUCUACCACAAUAUUCUUCUUUGCUGUGAUAUUCUUCUCUGCGUCGAGCGUUCACUCCCAGACUUGCGAGAAUUUCGGUCAGCUCAAUGGCACCAGCUGUGAAUGUCCGACAGGAACUGGUGGUUCGACUUGCUCAGAAUUAGCUUGUGGGGGAAACAUCUUUGAAGGCUCGCAAAGACCUUUAACAUCAACCUCAUCUGGAGGAUUUGCCAACCUCACUUCAUCUGGAUGCUCUUGUCAAAGCGGAUGGACUGGAACAGGCUGCAACGUUUGCCAGACUGCUUCGGCCUGCCAGAGCGCGGCGAAUUCAUUGGAAAGUUCAGAUUCGUCCUUGACCGGCGACGAUGAUGGACAGAAUAACACCCUCGUUUGCAAUACUUCUCCAAAAGUUUGGGCAUCUAGCCAAAUGAGCUGUAGUGUUGAUAACCCCACACUGCAAGCAUUAUAUCCACUGUCCUCGACGCUCAAUAUCAUCCGUACUCUCAAUCCUUCUCUUAGUCCUUUGCCCAACGUCACAUCAUUCGGAUCUGCGGGAUCUUUAUACGCUCAACUUUUCUACGAAGGCGAAGAACAAUUCUAUUGCAAAUCCGAUUCAUGUGACCAGGACAGCAAUAAUUGGAGCUGCCAGGACCUUGAAUGUAUCUGUCGACCGAAUACAACAUUUUGUGGAGGUGUUCCCGCUACAAAUCUCACUGGGGCUAUCAAUACCCUGACUGGGACACUAAACAUAGACUGUGGCGAUGUAGACAAUUCUACUCAGCAGGCAACCUGCAGUUUUAAACAAGCAACAAUAGAUAGUCUUUUUGGCUCCUCCGGAUUGGUACUAAAUGGCUGCUCGUUCGGCGAAUGUCUUCGACAGAGCGUACUCGACAGUAAUGGGACCACAUCCACUGCCUCAUCUACGUCUAGCCAAGCCUCCCUUAGUGGAGGCGUCAUCGCUGGAUUAGCAGUCGUAGGAGGACUCUUACUGACUGCAGCUGUGUUCUUGUUAUUGGGUUAUUUCUCUCAAAGACGAGCACGAAAGUCUGGCUAUAAUCAAUUCGGAUCCGGGAACGUCACUGUCGAGUGGUCGAACAUCAGUUAUAUUGUGCAAAACGUGCAAAACUCGACUAGGACUUUGUGGAGGAAGCGCAAGUCGUCAUCAGAAUACAAUGAUGAUAAGGUCAUACUUGAUUCCAUUAGUGGACGUGUUCUGCCUGGACAAAUGAUGGCCAUUCUUGGUCCUAGUGGCGCCGGAAAAACAACCCUUGUUGAAAUUCUCGCUGGAAAACACAAAUCCGGGUCUGUCCUUGGUCAGGUUUCCUUCCCAUCUGUCUCUCAGUCCAGCCCUCGCAUCGGCUUUGUUCCUCAGCAAGACGUUCUGCCUUCAACAUUAACGGUCCAUGAGGCCCUUCUUUUCGCAGCUCGAUUGCGUCUCCCGGAGAACAUUCCAGAUGCUGAAAAACAUGCCAGGGUAGACUCGAUUCUUCAAAAACUUGGUAUUGAAGGUUUGAAGAAUGUGAGGAUUGGUGACAAUACGAACGGACGAGCUCGAGGUAUUAGUGGAGGCGAGAUGAGAAGAGUUAGUAUCGGGCUGGAGCUCAUCGCUAGUCCAGAUAUUUUGAUUCUGGAUGAACCUACAUCUGGUUUGGAUUCGGUUUCAGCUGCUCGAGUAGCCAAUGUGUUGCAUGCAAUUGCUCAUGAUUCAUCAUCGCCGACCGCCGUGAUUGCCUCCAUCCAUCAACCUAGCUCACAACUUUACCAAACAUUUGAUACUAUCCUUGUUCUUUCUCACGGACGCUCGUUGUAUCUCGGUCCUGGAUCUUUCGCUCCAGUAGAUCAUCUCACUCGCACUGGCUUAACUCAGCCUUAUCAACAAGGUUAUAAUGUAGCGGACUAUUUAUUGGAAGUGGCCAGUGAUCCACCUCUAGCGUUACUUCAAUCCCCAAAACAUGCUAUACCUGCCUCCGGGAGUGAUCAGGUAGAACUAUCCAAUAAUAUGUCGAUGGAGAAGGUUGAGGAUGAGAAUAGUACUAGUAUUGAUUUCAGAGUUAACAAUCGUAGUAAAGUUGCGAUCAGGGAAGGUGCUAUGCUUGGGUUCGGAAAAUCAAAGUAUGCGACGACGUUCUUGACGCAGUUGGAGUAUCUUUCGGGAAGGGAAUGGAAAAUCUUGCGAAGGGACAAAACACUGUUCUUCACCCAUGUUGCUGUUGCUGCCGUGCUUGGAGUAUUUUGUGGCGGUUUAUACUUCAAUAUCGACACUACCAUCGCCGGUUUUCAGUCUCGGGUUGGUUGCUUGUUCUUCCUUGGAGCUUUGAUAGCGUUUUCGUCCUUGAGCGCGCUAUAUAAUAUUGUCGAAAUCAGACCAUUGUUUCUUCGCGAAAGAUCUGCGUUCUACUACAGUCCGACUGCUUGGCUGUUAUCGCGAUUUUUUUUCGACGUGGUUCCGUUACGGAUCGUACCUACCAUCAUCGUGUCCACGAUAACGUACUGGAUGGCAGGUCUCGCACCCGACGCUGCCCAUUUUUUCAAGUUUCUUUUCAUCCUCGUGUUGUAUACACUUGCAUUGACACUUUUCAAUUUCCUCCUUGGAACUUUAUUCCGAAAUGGUGGCAUCGCCAUACUACUUUCUGCCUUGACUGCCCUCUAUCAAAUGACCUACGCCGGGUUUUUCGUUCACCUCAACUCGAUACCUCCCGUCCUUCGUUGGCUACAGUGGCUUUGUCCACUCAAAUAUUGCUUGGAGGCUCUGUCUGUGAACGAAGUAGGCUCAGGGCUUAUGAUUCAGGAUUCAUUGCAGGGUGUACCUGUCGACGUGUCGGCGAGUCUGAUCAUGAAUCUUUUGUUUGGAUUCGGUCAAAAUAAUUACUACAGAGAUGUUCUUGUUCUGUUUGCGUUCAUUGCCGGGUUUGGGUUGUCUGUGAUUGGUGUUGUUUGGACCAAGGUUCGCGAGCGACGUUAG